CUUCAGUUGUCAAACCAGCUGAUUGUCUUCUUAUGCUUUCUGCAAUCUACCAGUGCAGGUAACUCGCUGGCCUUUCAUGAUGAAUUCCAUCCUAGUGAUGAUGUUUACGACUUUAACUGGCUGUGCAGCCAGUUUUCAGAUCGGUGAAGGACGCACGUCGCUUGACCAGCGUGGGAAGGCUGAUGCUCCUGAUGGUUACAGUCCAGCGCCUGUCCCCUGCCCCGAAACGCCUCCAGCUGUCCGGAGCGCAGAAGGUUUGUCGCCCGAAGAAACUACAUGGUUGAAACAGAGGGGCAAUGCCACAACGUCAGCACUUGUGGAUGUGCUGGAAAGAGCGAAUAUCACGGGGUUGGAUGUCAGAGGUUAUAUACAAAGCGUCGUGGACAGUGGCUUCAUGUUGUCAAGGAUAGGAAUAGCUAUGUCUGGUGGAGGAUACCGUGCCUUGAUGAAUGGUGCAGGAGCUAUAUCUGCGUUCGAUAACCGCACCCCUAACUCAACCGCGCCUGGCCAAGUAGGGGGCGUGCUCCAGGCGGCCACGUACCUCAGCGGACUGUCCGGAGGAAGCUGGUUAGUGGGAAGCCUUUAUACCCAGAACUUCACCACGGUGGACUCUAUAAUCCAUGCUCGCGAAGGCUUCUUAAGCGAGCUUUGGGAAUUCAACGAGACUAUCUUCGAAGGCCCGGCUACCUUAUCCGCCCGCGACUAUUACCAACAACUCCAAGACGCGGUGGACGCCAAAGCCGCUGCUGGCUAUAACACGGCCAUCACGGAUUAUUGGGGCAGGUCAUUGUCAUACCAGCUCGUCAAUGCCACUGAUGGGGGUCCAGGCUAUACAUUCUCUUCGAUCGCCACCGACACGGCUUUCAUAGAAGCCUCAAUACCCAUGCCCAUCGUCGUGGCUGUGGAGAGACCUGCCGGCCAGCUCCAGAUAUUGGGGAAUUCGACCGUCUUCGAGUUCAAUCCGUGGGAGUUAGGGUCCUACGAUCCCGGAAACCCCGCAUUUGCGCCUUUGCGAUAUGUCGGAUCGCAGUUCACUAACGGAAGCCUCCGUUCCGGCAGCAAGUGCAUCGCUGGCGUCGACAACGUGGGUUUCGUUAUGGGUACGUCGUCAUCGCUGUUCAACCAGGCCUUCCUGCAGAUCAGCAAGAUGGAAAACGGCGCGUCAGGUUUUCUCAUUCAAUCUUUAAACGCGACUCUGGCCCAGAUCGGCGAGGACAAUAGGGAUAUUGCAAGCUGGCCUAACCCAUUCUUCCAAUACAACGCCGAGGUCAACCAGAACGCAAACUCGUCGCUCCUUACCUUGGUUGAUGGUGGUGAAGACCUCCAAAAUAUACCGUUGCAUCCGCUGAUCUGGUCCCUUCGCAAUGUCGACGUGAUCCUCGCAGUUGACAGCUCGGCCGACACGCCAACCAACUGGCCAAAUGGCACGGCGCUUGUGGCGACAUACCAACGGUCAAUCGGCAACUAUUCCAAAGAUGCUUCCGCAUUUCCAUCUGUGCCAGACCAGAACACAUUUAUCAACCUUGGGCUAAAUGCUCGUCCUACGUUUUUCGGCUGCGACCCGGAUAAUAUGACCGGACCUGGGCCCCUCGUCGUUUACCUUCCCAAUGCCCCAUAUACAUUCUACUCCAACGUCUCAACGUUCGACAUGGAAUAUCCCACGGAGGAGCGGCAAGCGAUCAUCUACAAUGGCUACAAUACCGUGACAAUGGCCAACGCUAGUCUAGACGCUCAGUGGCCUGCUUGUCUUGGAUGUGCCAUUCUUUCGCGGAGCUUUCACCGGACCAAUACGGAGUUCCCGGCCGUGUGUGUCGGCUGCUUUGAGAGAUAUUGCUGGAACGGUACCGUCAACUCAACGACCCCGGUGGUGUACGAGCCUGGUCAGAUCGUGAUCGCAUCGGGUACCUGCGAUCGAACCGCUUUCUCAGCUGCUAUUUACGUUGUUUUUUUCGCGCUGCUUUUCACCCUAUUGUCUUAA